AUGCCGCUGCAUAGUUCUUCGCAGGCAUACAUGCGAAGCAACAAGCUGUUCCAGAAAGCGUCGUCGCGACAAGUGGCGAACACCGGCAAGGGCUUGGAGAAGCCAGGGCCAGGCGAGUUGGCGGCGUACGAGGAGGAUCUUCAAGCCCACCUCGAGGGACUGAGGAAGAAGCUUGGCAGCGCUCCUAUGAAUGAGAGACGCGAAAUCAGCCUCAAAUCCUCCGGUCCUGGCCAAGUCAUCGGAACCAAGCUCAAGGGCCUCAAGAAGAGAGCUGCUGAGCUUGAGAAGAAGCCGCGUUCAGUCAUCAAAGGAACGUUGCGGUCAGACCUGCUUAGUUUGAUGCGUUCUCUUCUUACGGCCAGCAUGUACUCGGCGGCUUGUAAUUGCCAGGAAGAAGCGCAGACCGCAGAAGGAGGGCCGAAAAGCUGCGCCUGA